AUUUAGAAACAUUAUUAUGGCAAAAUAAAAGAGAUUGACUUUUAUAGAGGUCUUUCUCCAGAAAACUCCGCGGCCGACUUCUGCAAAAUCGUUCUCGUUCGAUGGCGAUCUGACUUCGCUUCGCCUACAUCAUGAUACUGUCGGAUGGGUGAUGAAUGAAAUAUAGUCCAUGGACCUUUAGAUUGUUGUGCCUGUGGGUUUGACAUGUUUGGUUUGGCGUGGUUUUUCCAAGAUUGCUUUGCGACGAGGCAGCCGUGAACACCGAUUCAAGAGACGAGUGGGCGGGAUGAUGGUGACAUCGAAUUUCGUCAGGGCUUCGAAUCCGUUUGGAGUAGGGACUUCUCGAUGUGGCGUUGCAAGUCUUCUCGGUGGUGUCCUUAAGUCAUGACGACGUUGAUCCGCUUGCGGUGAGUUUCAAAAGGCGGGUUUGCUUGUAGCGAGUCGUGGCGGCAAUAGUUGCCAGUCAGGGUGGCGGCCCUGCACAAGGAGGUGAAGGGGAGCUCGGCUGGACCAAUUGUUUUGGGCCUUGGGUUUCAGACUUUCUUUUGGGCCUUUGGGUUUACAAUUAGUUUGGUUUUCUUUGUUGCUUUUAAUUCCUUUUGUUUAUAGAGACCUAUGUUAGUAGCUACUUUAUUUUCAAUAAUUUUCUAUUGUUUUCGGGAGAUAAAUACUUUUAGCGAAUUCUCUAAAGUAGUAUCGAAUGAGGAGACUUGCUAUUUCGAUGUAUUUCAUAUCUAAUGAGUGGACCUAGUUUUAUGUACCACUGUGAGUACUAACACAUCUUCUUAUCUGUUUAGAUGACAGUAGAAUGGUGUGUAAUUAUUUUCUGUAAACCACGGAAUCAGAUAUGAAGCUAGUAACUAGUAAGAACAAGAAAGAAAAGAAUGAAAGGCGUUUUUUUUUUUUUUUGUAAGGAUAGGAAAAAGAAAAGACCCGAAAUAGCACAACCGGAUCCGACCCAUGGUUUGCACCGCUAUACCGCAUUUCCCUUAACAAAGCGAGGCCAUAGUGUUGGGGUGAGCUCAGGCGAAUCAAACAGCAAACGCAAUUUCACAGAGGCCAGAGCCCCUUCCUUCACUCUUGUUACUAUGGCUUCCGACGAUCCCAAAGCUUCAGACGCAGAAUCAGAGGCUCCUCCAUCUUCGUCUUGGAAGGACCGCAUCGUCGUCCCCACACUCGUCGCCGGAAUCGUUGGCGCCGGAGCUGGGUUGGUGUCCAAGCAUCGGAAAGUCGUCGGCCUCCCAACCAGCUCCGCCACUUACGCUGCUAAUUUCGCCAUUGUCACAGCUUGUUACUGCGGGGCGCGUGAGUAUGUAGGAAUAACUAGAAAAACAGGGCCUGAUGAUCUGCUCAACUCUGCAAUUGCCGGCUUUGGCAGUGGGGCUAUUCUUGGGCGGCUUUACGGUGGUCCAGUUGCUGCUGUCCGCUACUCAAUACUCUUUACGAUUGCUGGGACAACAUUGGACUAUGCUACAAUUAAACUACGACCUGUCUUGAAGAGCUACAAAGAAUCUAUGCUUGGGAGUAGCGAUGAUUCAAAGAAGAAUGAUGGCUGGUUGAAACUGCCUGACUGGUCCCCUAUCAAAGUACUUGAUGAAGAAGCCCUUGCUGCAAAGCAGGCUCGAGAAAAGCAGUUAUAUGCACAGAGGGGACUUGGGAACUUCACCAAAGAAGAGUCUUAAAGUUCUAUUUGGUGCAUAAAUUUUUGUAUAAUGUCAAUAAUAAUCUUUUGGUGUCUGCUUGUUAGCAUUUUUAGUUUCUAUUGCCUUUCUGUUCGUGUCUCUGUUAAUCUCCCACUUUGCACUAUCUACUCCUAUGCACUGGUAAGGUAUUUUCAAACCAGCAAAAAGAUGGAUGCAGAGAUUUUUGGAUACAAAUUUACAAUCAAAAAUGAACUUUUUGGUUUC